AUGGGUGCUAUGACGGGUGCUACAAGCUGGUUCGACGAUUGGAACGCUGAGGCUCUUUAUAAAGACGACGUCACUGGCUGUGAUGACUGUUCCGAAACUUCGCCAAUUCCUAAGUCGGGUAUUAUCUGUGGACCUAUAUUAAGACUCAUUAACAUGGAUUUUAAGGAAAAAACGUACGAAGGAUCUGUUAUGAUGGUAGUCAAAGGUGAGGAAAACUUUCCGAAAAUUGCUUACCAGCAAGGACCUUCAUUGCCCUCUGACAAUGAGGACAUUGAAAUUAGCGAGGCAUCCUUCGAUGGUAAACUUUUCCAUAAGGACAAUUUAAAAAAUGAUGAUAUAUGGUUUUAUAGGUAUGAGAUUAAGUUGCCGAUGUUCAACUAUGAGCAAAUGGUUAAAUAUUCCGUUGACGGUAGAACAGAACCACAUUACAGGUUCUUCGUGCCCUCUUUCACUCAAAACUCGAACGUUAUUUCCUAUUCAUGCAAUGGAUUUUCACUGAGCGUAGAUACAUCCAAGUUCAAGGGUUCCUUGUGGUAUGAUGUCCUUAAGAAGCAUCAAUACGUCCAUUAUCAUGCUAUUCUCGGCGGCGGUGACCAAAUUUAUUCUGAUAACAUCAAACUGCAUGCGCCCAAUUUUAAAGCUUGGUUGGACACAAAGGAUCCUAUCAAGAAGUAUAACACUCACACCACUGAGGAAACAAAAGAGCAGGUCAGGCAGUUUUAUUUAGAACACUAUUUAAACUGGUAUGGUUAUGGUCACUGGUAUGGUUCCACCCCAAAAUCUAAGACUACUCAAAAAUGCUUUGUCAAAUCAUUAGCUUGUAUUCCAGCCAUUAAUGUCUGGGACGACCACGAUAUUAUUGAUGGGUACGGCUCAUACAACGAUUCCUUCAUGAAGACUGAAAAUUUUUUGACGGUGGGAAGAAUGGCUUAUAGAUACUAUAUGCUCUUCCAGCAUCAUGUCAGUGCUUCUAAGCAAGAUGGUGAUGACUUUGCGUAUUUAAAGAGCAAACAAUGGAUCCUAGGUAAUGAAAAAGGGAGUCCUUACAUCGGUGAAAGGUCUCAUUCUGUAUUCUCUUGGCUCGGCCCGAAAAUGGCCAUGUUAGGCUUGGAUUGUAGAACUGAGAGGAAAUUACGUGAGAUCUUCUCAGAAAGAAGUUAUUCCUUGAUUUGGGAGCGUCUCGAAAACGAAGUAAAAGUUUUGAAAGGCGGCCACUUACUGCUGAUGCUAGGUAUCCCCAUCGCAUAUCCAAGGUUGGUGUGGUUAGAAUGGCUUUUUACCUCAAAGCUGUUGGCUCCAAUUAAAUAUCUAUCCAAAAAGGGGAUAGUUGCCAAUGGCUUCGUUAACGAAUUUAAUGGAGAUGUAGAACUGCUAGAUGACUUAAAUGAUCAUUGGUGUGCGAGACAUCAUAAAAAAGAAAGAAACUACUUAGUAAUGAAAUUGCAAGACAUAGGUGCUAAAUAUGGUGUUAGAAUAACAAUCUUAUCAGGCGAUGUACAUUUAGCAUCCGUCGGGAGAUUCAGGGCAAAACGUCAUAGACAUCAUCUCAUCAUGUCCGAGGAGAAGGAAAAGGAAAAUGCCAAGAUUAUUGAAGAACCAACAAAAGAUGUGAGGCUGAUGUUUAAUAUCAUUGCUAGCGCCAUAGUAAAUACCCCACCACCAGAUGCAAUGGCCACCUUGUUGCAAAAAAGAUGUCGCUUGCAUCAUUUCGAUGCGGAAACAGAUGAAGAUGCUGUACCAAUUUUUACCAAGGAAGUGGACGGAAUUCAUAAACGUAAAGAAUCGUGUUUCAUGAACAAAAGAAACUGGUCAGAUAUUAUACCUGUAGAAAAUCUGUUGAAUAAUCCCCAAUUGAGUAAAGAAUUGGGCGUAAAGGUUGGCGAUAUAGUCGUUCCUGGCAUUAUCACAGAAGAACAAAAGUUAAAGACCUUGGAAAAUUGUGACCAAACGAACUCUUAUCCAGUAACUUCUGGUGGCUUGUUUACCACCAUUCACGUGGAAAGAGAUGCGAAUCAAGCAAAUUCGCAAACUGUGAGCUACGGUCUGCCCAUUCCAGAAUUGGAAGUCACUCGCGAAAGGUUGUCUCACACAGGCAUCAAGCAUUUGAACAUCACAUAG